GCUGGUGGCGGGGACUGGCGCGGCCCGGGGGCGGCGCUCGUUCAUCUCCUGCCCGGCUCUGGCCGGCGCCCUGGCGGGAUGCCUGAUGGGCGGCGCGGCAGGGCGGCCCAAGCCCGGGCCCGUGGUGCUGGAGUUCGAGCCCGGUGAGCCUCUCCUGGGGGAGGGGGCCAAGCUCCCGAGGCACUGAGUCGCCUCAGGAUUGGAAGGAGGGGGGACCAACGAAAGGUCCCCCAGGAGCGCCAGCCUUGCUCGGUCCUGGAAUCUUGACCCGGACAUUGCUUAAUGCAGGCACCAGGGUGAUAGCUCUAGAGAGUGACAUGAAUUUUCUUCCAGGUUUGCAGUCCCUAGAGAACAACCUAGAUGGACAAUUAGAAGUGGUUUAUUGCAACUUCUUCAAGUUGGACCCAGGAUACCAUGGGUGGUCCGAACCACCUAUUAUGGACUCUGUGGAACUUUUUAAAAAAUUGGGCAUCUCAGCAGUUCCUUGGACAGCAGAUGUACCUGUAAAAAUUUUUGGAAUCGUCCCACAAGGAAAGGAAAGGAAUUUGCUGUGGAAGCUUAUAUAUGCCUUAUAUGAGUGCCGUUCAAUAUACCAUUGUGGAAGAGUAGAACUGAACAUGAUUAUGAGUGAGAAAGAGUACAAGGUAUUAACUGCAAAACCUGGAGAACAAAUGAGGAGGUAUCAAGCAUUAAGUGUACUUUGGCAAACAGGAUGUGAAAUUCAGCUCCUGCACAUGGAGCCUCGGUCCUCAUUUUUAACUAAUUCAAAAACUCCAAGAUUGCCAAGACCAGGGAGCCAGAUAACAAAUGACCAUUUAUGUUUAGUACGAAUGACUCCCCGAAGGAAUUUAUUUACAGGUGCUAUGACAGAUGCUACUUCAUUAACUUUUAUCAUGAUGGUAAAACAGUGUCUUAUUAAGCAGAAGUCUAAACUAAUUGAUAUAAUAAACACAUGGAACCUGGGCAAUGGGUAUAAAGUUUUAGAGCAGUUAGAAAUACCAGAAAACAUUUUAACAGGCCAUUUGUACCCAGAAGAGUACAGGGGCAUUUUUGAAGUUCUGGACCGGUCUCUAGAGUUUGAUAGAAGCUUGCUGUUUAAUGACGUCUUUAAAAAUACUAGGAACAGAUCUUUCGUAUUCUAAGACUUCUCAUCAAGUCACAAGUUCUUUAUUCAGGGAGUGCGUGAUGAUACAAAGGACAAGAAUAACCUCCAAAAUCUCAGAAUCCCAUUGGUUAAGGGUAAGUGUUGUCUUGUGCACAAACCAGAGGAAUAUUUACUUGAAACACAACAGUCUGUCCACUGAUGUCAUAAUAUGGAACUGACAGUCAUUUCUCUAGUGAGGAUGGGACUAAAGUCAAACUCUGAAUCUUCUCCAGCAACAUAAUGGCAAUGGUUACUGCUUUUGUAAACACCAUGUAACAUAAUCUGCCUCUGAUGUCACUUAUGCUGUUUUUGCUACAUAUAAAAAUGUAACAGACCAAUUAUAUUUUUUUGUAGUUUGCAUUUGGUUAGCAGAUGACUUGAUUGUUAAUAUUUUCUCAGUGACCGAAAAUGUCUUUACCAGUUUUACAAAUUUAAGAUCUGUCUUCUUUCUCCCUGGCCAAAAGAAUUUACAGCCUAAAACUAACUUUGCAUGAAAUUAAUAGUAAACAAAGGAAUGAGGGUUAAUGCGGGACAGGAGGAUGGCAACAAGCAAUGUGGCAGCUGGGAUUAGUUGUGUGUGUGCACACACGUGCACACACCUUGCUUUUAAUGUAGGUUCUGUGUUCCUUUAGGUAUGAUUCAAGAGGGGUAAUUCAUUAUUUUUUCUUUUGAAAAUUCAAAAUGUUGGCCAGUGUCUAGUACCCAUACAAAUCAGGCCUAGGUGCAUAGAAACUUUGCCAGUAUGUUUACAUUAUAAUUUUUCACUGGUACCUUGACUGUUUUGUAGACUGUAAAAAUUGUUUCCUCCCUAUAAUCCUUCUCCAUUGUGUGAUUUGUUUAAAUGUGUAAUAUGUGUAUAGAUAAAAAUCCACAGCUGAUUUUAAAAUGCACUUCUUAGCCCGUGUCUUUAAUAAAGAGCUGUUCAGCUGGUAGCAUGGAGGCUUGUGGAGCUUGUAGACAUUGCUGCUAGUCAUUGCGUUGGCAUGGCUCCAGAUUCCAGGGGGUGAACGCUGAUGCAGCUUGAUGACUUCCACCACCACCCCAAGUGCUUGCCACCAUAUUCAGGGUCUCAGGGCCUUGCUGCCAGAGGUGGAUCAUCUGGUCCUUGAGGAUUCCUGUGGUCUCAAUCUGACCUGCAGGGCCAAAUAAGUGGACAUCCCUGCCUUAAUACAAUC